CCACUGCUUCACAAACAAAACUGCAAAAAAAAAAAAAAUUGGAAUUAGGGUUUUUUUUUUGCUCUUAAUUUUUCGCCAAAUUGAACUUGUACAUCGAAUAUCUAAUAGCAAAAGAUGAGACUUUUGCAGCUUGGGUUGUUACUUGCUUUAGCUUCUGGACUCACCGCCAUCCUCAUCUACAUCACCGGCGUCUCCAAUCUCUACAAUUCUCAGCCUUUGGAUGAAGAAGAUUUCCAAGCCUUGAAAGCUUUGCAGACCCAUUUCCACAAGUGUGUGAGUGCAAAUGGAUUAGGUUUACAAGCUUUGAGUGGUGAAGAUUAUUGCAAAGUAACAAUAAAAUUCCCCAGUGACACCAUCCCCAAAUGGAAAGAUCCUAAAACUGGUGAACUAGAAGGCCUAUCCUUUGAUUUUGAUCUCUGUGAAGCUGUGGCUACAUGGGAACAGGUGCGCAAUAGUUCUACAAUACUCACCAAGGAGUUCAUUGAUGCUUUACCAAAUGGAUGGGAGGAUUAUGCAUGGCGCAGGAUCAAUAAGGGAGUACUUCUCAACCACUGUAAGAAUAAGACUCUAUGCAUGGAGAAACUUUCACUGGUACUUCCUGAAACGCCACCAUAUCUUCCACGGCAGUUUGGCCGAUGUGCUGUUAUUGGUAACUCAGGAGAUCUUCUGAAAGCAAAGUUUGGAAGGGAGAUAGAUGGUUAUGAUGUUGUUAUCAGAGAAAAUGGUGCUCCAAUUCAGAACUAUUCAGACCAUGUGGGCAAGAAAAGUACAUUCCGUCUUCUUAAUAGGGGAUCUGCUAAAGCUCUUGAUAAAGUUGUGGAGUUAGAUGAAAGAAGGAAGGAGGUCUUGAUCGUAAAAACAACAAUUCAUGACAUUAUGAACAAAAUGAUACGGGAAGUUCCAAUUAAAAAUCCUAUAUAUCUUAUGCUAGGUGGAUCCUUUGGUUCGGCAGCAAAAGGAACUGGGCUCAAGGCUCUUGAAUUUGCUCUCUCUAUUUGUGAAUCAGUAGAUAUGUAUGGUUUCACUGUGGAUCCCGGUUAUAAAGAAUGGACUAGAUAUUUCUCCGAAUCUCGACAAGGUCAUACUCCCUUGCAUGGGAGAGCAUACUAUCAAAUGAUGGAGUGUUUGGGACUUAUCAAAAUCCAUUCUCCCAUGCGGGCUGAUCCAAACCGUCUCGUAAAAUGGGUACCAAGCCGUGGCACAAUUAGAGCAGCUAGAAUUGCAUCAGAGAAAUUAUUGAAGAGGGUUGGAGCAGGGUCUAGCGACCCAUUAGCUGCAUGUUCAAUUAUUAAGAAGCAAGUUGAGAGAGAGCCUGUAGCAUUGUCAAACCUUAGAAAGGUGGCUAGUGACCAUCAAAAAUAUGUGAAGGGCACAACCAUGUACCCUUUGGAGCACAGUCUAGGAGAUGGGGUACUUUGCACGGUGCCCGCCAGUUGAAUCAUAUGAGGCUAACUGAAUGCUUUUUGAAUUUAUUUUCCAAGUUAAAAAUUGGAUGAAGAAAAGGCUGCCAGCAGAUCUGAAUUGGAUUAUUCUGGAAGCAGCUAGUACCUAGCAACCCAUAGUAAAUACUUUUUUAAAGGCGCCGAAGAUUUUUCAUGUGGCCUUUUAUCAAAGUUUGAUAUCCCCAUAGUCAGAUGCCAAUUGGAGGUGAAGAAUACUUUAGUUUUUCUUCUAAAUGCAGCACUUUCCAGCGAAAAUCAUGUUUAUAAGAUGGUGAGAAAUUUUGUAACAGUUAUAUUUAGUUUCCAAGAAGGAAGAAAGAAAAGUAAAGAGUGCCGCUUGUAUUCGUUUACAUUUUUUUUUUUGCUAAUCUAGUUUACAUUUUAUUUUUUUACUUAAUAUCCUCUGUUAACAAUUUCUUGCAGUCCAUCGUGCUGCAAUUUUAUGGAUUGUUUAUACUCUUUGCACUUAAUUAGUUCCAAAACAGGUGAAAAAAAGAACUUUUACUCUUUUUUCCCUGGUCCUUAUCACU